GAGACAACUGCUAAGCGCCAGAGCAGCAAGAAGCAAUCUGUACUCUGCAUCCCCGGCCGGCAGAGGAAGUGUGGAGCGCAGAGAGCGAUGGGCUCCGUCGAGCUUCCCGUUGCCGACCGAGACCGAGCCCGGCUGCAUCAGCUGGGAUACAAGCAGGAGCUCAAGCGCGGCCUCUCUGUUGUUUCCAACUUCGCCUUCUCGUUCGCCAUCAUCUCCGUGCUGACGGGCGUGACGACGACGUACAACACGGGGCUCCGGUACGGCGGGCCGGUGUCCAUGACGCUGGGUUGGCUCGUGGUGGCGGCCUUCAACGGCUGCGUCGCCCUGUCCAUGGCGGAGAUCUGCUCCGCCUACCCGACCUCCGGCGGGCUCUACUACUGGAGCGCCAAGCUUGCCGGCAAGGAUUGGGCUCCCCUUGCCUCCUGGGUCACUGGAUGGUUCAACAUCGUGGGACAGUGGGCUUGCACGACGAGCGUCGACUUCUCGUUGGCGCAGCUUAUCCAAGUGAUCAUCUUGCUCAGCACGGGCGGAGCCAACGGCGGCGGCUACCUCGCCUCCAAGUACAUCGUGCUGGCCAUCUACAGCGUCAUCCUGACCUUGCACGGGCUGAUCAACAGCCUCCCCAUGCAAUGGCUCGCCUGGUUUGGCCAACUCGGAGCUUUCUGGAAUGUCGCAGGAGUCUUUACCCUGGUGAUCUUGAUUCCAGCAGUUGCUAAGGAAAGAGCGAGUGCAGAGUUCAUCUUUACACACUUCAACACAGAAAACGGUGUGGGGAUCCACAGCAAAGCUUAUAUUCUAGCUAUGGGGUUGUUGAUGAGCCAAUACUCCAGCAUCGGCUAUGACACAUCUGCCCACAUGACAGAGGAGACUAAGAACGCAGAUUGGAGUGGGCCAAUAGGGAUCAUCACUUCCGUUGCUCUUUCAAGCAUUUUCGGAUGGAUUUAUCUUGUGGCUUUGACAUCGGUAGUGACGGACAUUCCGUACCUCCUAGACCCCGGCAACGAUGCCGGUGGGUACGCCAUUGCCCAAGCCCUGCACACCAUCUUCCUUAGGAGGUACGGCAGCGGCGUUGGAGGAAUCGUCUGCUUGGGAAUCAUCGCAGUCGCCAUCUUCCUAUGCGGUACCGCGUGCGUUACUAGCAACUCAAGGAUGGGGUAUGCCUUCUCUAGGGAUGGGGCGAUGCCGUUCUCGCAUGUCUGGCACCGAGUGAACAAGCAGGACGUCCCCUUGAAUGUCGUUUGGCUCUCCGUGACCGUGGCAUUCGUCAUGGCCCUUACGUCGCUGGGGAGUCAGGUGGCGUUCCAAGCAAUGGUGUCCAUCGCGACACUGGGUCUGUACAUCGCCUACGCGCUGCCGAUCUUCUUCCGUGUAACGGCGGCCCAGAAGUCGUUUGUUCCAGGGCCGUUUCACCUCGGAAGAUACGGGGUUCCUGUCGGCUCGGUCGCCGUCUUCUGGGUGGCCCUCGUCACCGUGUUGUUCUCUCUGCCGGUGGCGUACCCAGUCGCCAAGGACAACUUCAACUACACUCCGGUCGCCGUCGGGGGCGUGCUGCUGCUAAGCGUGGGUACGUGGGUGCUCCACGCCCGGUUCUGGUUCCGAGGGCCCAUCACAAACAUUGACGUGUAAGCUGGCCUCCAAUGGCGAGUUCAAUUCGGGAAGGAGAAGAUAGCUACGGGGAUAAUUUUUAUUCACGCUAAACUUGGGGAAGGACAUGUACUGGCCUCCAAUGGCCACCCUGAAUUUGGAUUGGAUUUGUCAUUUUGCUCGAUUGUUCUACGGACAGUAGCAUUACAUUUCUAUUAUUUUAUUAUCAUUUCUUUUAUAUUA